AUGGGUCGGCUCGACCGGAGCGGUACCACGACCCCACAGAAAACCGGCAGAGCUGUGAUGACAGAGAAAACUUGCGACCACGCACGUAUUCUCGUGCCGGACCCCAAGACUCGCACGUGGUCGGGGCCGCCGGUAGGGAGUGAGGACGUCAAUGAAGUAUGGAGGCGGAAGUGUGGUUGUAUACGGACAAGUGAUAAGCUCAAGACUAUCAUAAGCACAUUCCCAAGUUCAUCGCCGCCAACUCCUAUGCUCAAACAUUCGAGGGGAAGCAAGUCGUGGCAGGUGAUUGGAGACGUGGUGCAGCUGGUGCAACUGUCGGUGACUGCCACAGCCCUAGCUUUGUACUACCUGAUCUACUGCUAUAUGCAGCUGGUAUACUACACGCUGAGAAGCGCUCUUUACUUCCACAAUGCUGACGGAUUCCUCAUCGUGUGCUGUUGUCUUAUUACCUCUAGGGUCCAUUCAGCAUCACAGCACCUGGACUCGGCAGAAUACUCGGAGUCGACGGAGGUGUCCAUCGUGUCAGUUUCCUCGUCAGCGUCAGCUGAACUGCAUGAGGGAUCUGGCGAUGAUCCUCCUGACCCUGUCCUGUCCAGCAAUCUAAAGAAUGAAACGAGAGAAGCCCUCAAGAGUGAUGGCAGUGAACAAGAUCCGGUGGUGUUUUUAUCGGAGAAGAACAGCUACAUACCAGUGAGCAUCAAGCCUCGUUCUCCAGCAGUGGACACGGCGUGGAGAGAGCCACCGGCAUGGGAGCGAGAGUACAGGAGACAUCGCACUAAUGGGAGCCGUGUGCAAUAUAUUGAAGCGGAGUGCCAAGAUGACUUCAUGAAGAUAAGAGUCGGCUUUAACGGGUCAUUCUCCGGACUGGUGUAUUCAGCAGGUUACUCAUACGACCCGGACUGUAUGUACAUUAAUGGGACGGGGCGUGAUUACUACGAGUUCUACAUUCAGCUCAACCGAUGUGGAACUUUGGGGAGGAACGGUCAGCAUGACGAUAGCAGGAAACAUCCUACUAAGAACCUCAUGUGGAACACGAUCACGGUGCAAUACAACUCGUUGAUUGAGGAGGAGUUAGACGAGCACUUCAAGGUCACCUGCGAGUAUGGAUACGACUUUUGGAAGACCGUUACAUUCCCUUUUUUGGACGUAGAGUGA